GCCAUCAGCCUCAGCGAAUGUCGGCCUCCUCCCUCCCCUCGCCCUACCCGCCCUCUCGCUCCUCCUCACGCACCCCAGCCCCCCCCCCGUCCAAGAAGACCGCCGACGGCCAGAUCGUGCUGAACCCUCAGCCCGACGACUCGGUCAACGAUCCGCUCAACUGGCCCAUGUGGCGCCGCGAUGCCGCCCUCGUCUCGCUGGGCUUCUACUGCCUCAUGGGCGGCGGCAUGACCCCCGUCCUCGCCGCCGGCUUCGACCAGGUCGCCGCCGCCUACAACGUCAACACCCAGAUGGUCGCCUACACCACCGGCCUGUAUAUGACCGGGCUCGGGCUGGGUUCCGUCAUCAUGUCCCCGACCGCCAUCCUCUACGGCAAACGGCCCGUCUACCUGCUCGGCGCCACCUUGUUCAUCCUCUCCGCCGUCUGGUGUGCCCUGUCGCCCAACUACCCCAGCCUCGUCCUCGCCCGCAUCUUCAUGGGCAUCGCCGUCAGCCCCGUCGAGUGUCUGCCCUCCGCCACCAUCGCAGAGAUCUUCUUCCUGCACGAACGUGCCUAUCGCGUCGGCAUCUAUACCCUCUUGCUGCUGGGCGGUAAGAAUCUGAUCCCCUUGGUCAGUGCUGCCAUCAUCGGCAGCUUGGGUUGGCGUUGGGUUUUUUGGAUUGUCGCCAUGGUAGUUGGGGGCGCUGUAGCUCUUUUGUUCUUCUUUGUGCCCGAGACCUUCUGGGACCGAACACCACGCCCACGUACCCGUCACAAACGUCCUCAUCUGGCUCGUAGCGUGUCGGAUAUCGUGCACCAUCCCUUUUCCCGAGGACGCCACCAUACCCGUCCCCAUGAGGCGCACUCUACCGACGAUCCCGCCGCCGUGACGCCCAGACGUCACAGAGAUGUUCACGUCGGCUUCGUCGAUGGAGAUGAAGACUUGAGCCAGGAGAAGCGUGAGGCUGCUGACACCCUAGGCCCUCUUGCCCCCGAGCACCACCUGCACUCCGAUCAUGAUUUUCAAGACGUAAAGGAAGAGACAUUCGACACCCUCAACGGAAAUCAUGACAUUCCCAUGCCUUCUCCUCCUCCUGCUGCUGCCUUGCCAUCACCGUUGGAGGAGAGUCAUCAUGACCUCGAGGCCAACCGGCAAGCUGCCCUCUCUCCCGCACGUAGCGAAUCGGUUGAGCCGGGCGCCGGCCCCCUGACCGCAGCGGCGGUCUAUACCAACAAGCUGCGUGACCGGCCGCGGGUGCCGUAUCUGCAGACUCUGAAUCCGUGGAACGGCCGGAUCAAGCGCGACAAGUGGCUGCACGUCGCGCUGCGCCCCUUCAUCCUGUUCGCGUACCCGUCUGUGCUGUGGUCGACGGUGGUAUACUCGCUCUCGAUCGGCUGGCUGAUCGUUCUGUCCGAGUCCGUCUCGUACGUAUACGAGAACGCGGACCGGUACGGCUUCACCGCGCUGCAGACCGGGCUCGUCUAUAUCUCCCCCUUUGUCGGCGGGCUGCUCGGAACCGCCGUGGCGGGCAAGGUCUCCGACAUCAUCGUGAAAUUCAUGACCCGCCGCAACGGGGGCAUCUAUGAGCCCGAGUUCCGUCUCGUCAUGGCCAUCCCCAUCGCCCUGUCCACCACCAUCGGCCUGAUGGCCUUUGGCUGGAGCGCCCAGAUCUCCGACUCCUGGAUCGUCCCCACCGUCUUCUUCGGCCUCAUCUCCUUCGGCUGCUCCCUCGGCAGCACCACCGCCAUCACCUUCUGCGUCGACAGCUACCGCCAGUACGCGGGCGAGGCUCUGGUCACCCUGAACUUUAGCAAGAACAUCUUCCACGGGCUGAUCUUCUCGCUGUUCAUGGUCGAUUGGCUUGACGCCGAGGGUUCGCGAACCGUCUACCUCGCGCUCGGCGGUAUCCAGCUCGGCUGUCUGCUUUUCACCAUCCCAAUGUACAUAUAUGGCAAGCGGGCUCGCAUGUGGACUGUCCGGAAACGACUGAUGGAGAAGUUUUGAUGCUAUUUUGGUGACCUUUCCAUCGGGUUGGGGUUUUUUGUGUUUUUGUUUGGUGUGAGAUCUGUCAGUCGAAUUGAAAGAUCAGCACACAUAGACCAUUUGCAGUAUUCUUUUUUUGGAAUUUGGAAUCGAUUCUUCACUGUUCCUUGGUACGGAGUACAGAUCAAGAGUGUCAAGCCCAGUGGAA